AUGAUCAUUCCUGAGAAGAACCGUCGUGAGAUCUGCAAAUACCUCUUCCAAGAGGGAGUUUGCUAUGCGAAGAAGGACUUCAAUCUGGCGAAGCACCCGGAUAUUGAUGUUCCAAAUCUUCAGGUCAUAAAAUUGAUGCAGAGUUUCAAGUCUAGGGAGUAUGUGCGCGAGACAUUUGCAUGGAUGCAUUAUUACUGGUUCCUCACCAACGAUGGAAUUGAGUUCCUCAGGACAUACCUCAACCUUCCCUCAGAAAUUGUUCCUGCCACUCUCAAGAAGCAGGCCAAACCCGCCGGAAGACCAUUCGGUGGCCCACCUGGUGAUCGCCCCAGAGGUCCACCACGCUUUGAUGGAGAAAGGAGAUUCGGUGGCGAUAGAGAUGGAUACCGUGGAGGUCCCCGGGGACCUGGUGGUGAUUUUGGAGACAAGGGUGGAGCUCCUGCUGACUACAGACCUUCAUUUGGGGGUCCUGGUGGAAGGCCUGGUUUCGGUCGUGGUGCUGGUGGUUUUGGAGCACCAACUAGUUCAAACAUUCCUUAA